CCAAACCAAACAUUUAUGUGCUACUACUGGAAACCAGAGCAAAAUCGUCAAAUAAAGCUUAACAAGAAUUGACCAGACGCUGCAGCAAUAGUUUUGGUUCCCAAUGCUUUAAUAGCUAGCUGUUGGAGAAUUCCCCCAGUCCCCGCUUUGUUGUCCAUGUUCGUCUUUUUCUACUUGUCUCUCUUCCCUCCCCCAGAUUCACCUCAUUUUUCUCCUCCUCCUCCGCCUUUCCUUUUCUUCAAACUCUCUCUCGUCGAUUCUCUACGCUCCCCAAAACAGUACAAAAAACCGUUCUCCAAUCUCACUCCCACUCCCACCAACCCAUUCAUUUCUUCCUCUUCAAAGUUCAACCAAUCAGUGAAAUAACUCGAUGUUUUUUUGAUCAAAAUAAUCAAAUCUCAGGUCCAAAAAGUAGCCUUUCUUUGCUUCAAUGCUUGGUCUCUUCUGAUGCUAGCCCACGAGUCUUCCUUGAAGGGAGUAAUCAGAAGGCGAUUAUUGUGUUUUCUGGAUUCUUGAGACCUCGGAAGAUGAGAUUUAGCCUGGGAUGAAGAGGAAGUGAAGGUUUCCGGUGCUGACCACUAAAAUAUUCAUCAAGAUGGAUUCGGUGGACAGGUCUGCAGUUACCCCAAAUAAGAGCAAGAGUAGAUUGGCGCGCACGUUUGCUAAGGUUUUGCACAUUCGAGCAGUAACUGGGAUAGCUCCAGAUGAUGGAAUCCAGAAGAUUAAUUCCCCUGAAAAUGUUAAGAGUAAUUUGGUAAAGAACAAAAGCCAUUUGCAGCCAUUUGAUGAUGAGGAUGAGAAGCUAUGCAGUAGAGCGGCUACAGAGGCAUUUGUAGCCAAGCUUUUUGCCAGUGUCUCAUCUGUUAAAGCAGCGUACGCCCAGCUUCAAUAUGCUCAGUCUCCUUACGAUCCUGAUGGAAUUCAGACAGCAGAUGAGAUGGUGGUAUCAGAGUUGAAGAAUGUGUCAGAACUGAAGCAAUGUUACUUGAAGAAGCAAAUCGAUGAAUCUUCCCCUGAAACCACUCAGAUCUUGGCCGAAAUUCAGGAGCAGAAGAGCUUGCUGAAAACAUACGAAAUAAUGGGAAAGAAACUAGAUUCGCAGCUCAAACUGAAGGACUCCGAGCUCACAUUUCUCAGAGAGAAACUGGAGGAAGCCAAUAAAGAGAACAAGUUGCUAGAGAAGAGAUUGAAUUCAAGCGGGCAGUUAUCAUCAGCUCUUGAUAACGUUCACUUGUCAAGCUUAAGCCCCAGUCACUUUAUUACAUUUGUUCGGCAGACAAUUAAGUCUAUUCGGAGCUUUGUUCGGUUGCUCAUCAGUGAGAUGGAAUCUGCAGAGUGGGAUCUAGAUGCUGCUGCCAGUUCAAUUGAGCCUGGCGUUGCCUUUUGGAAAAACAGCCAUAAAUGCUAUGCAUUCGAGUCAUUUGUCUGCCGAGAAAUGUUUGAUGGUUUCAAUCAGCCCGACUACUCAAUUUCAAAGGAAUCUUUGCCUGAGCAGAAGAAACGGCGACGGGUAUUCUUUGAAGGAUUCAGGGAAUUGAAGUCUGUGAAACCAAUGGAUUACCUAGCUUGGAAGCCUAAAUCCGCAUUUGCAAAGUUCUGUCGCGCUAAAUACUUGACACUGAUUCAUCCCAAGAUGGAAACAUCUCUUUUCGGCAAUUUGGACCAGAGAAAUUUAGCGAAUGCAGGGGAAUACCCAGAGACAACGUUUUUUGCUGCGUUUGCAGAGAUGGCGAAGCGCAUUUGGCUACUACAUUGCCUUGCCUUAUCUUUCAAACCGGAAGCCUCAAUCUUUCAAGUGAACAAGAGGAGUAGAUUCUCAGAAGUUUACAUGGAAAGCGUGAGCGAGGAAGCAUUCCUGUCAUCUGAUGGUUCGCCGGAAUCCGAGCCUCGGGUGGCUUUUACCGUAUUUCCAGGGUUUAGGAUAGGCAAAACUGCUGUUCAGUGUCAGGUUUAUCUUUGCUAGUAGAUAUGCAUGGAUGGGGAUCAAGGCAUUUACGCGCCAUCUUGGUCGACCCCAUUAGCGUCAAAAGCCUGAUCUGGAGGCCACCGGCUUCAAUAUUUUUUAUUUUGCACUGUUAGAUUUUGUAGAUUUGACAGGGCCAUGGCUGGUUAUGGGUUCUUUUUGUCCCCCCCUUUAAUCUGGAAAGGAAAGCGCGUUGACUGUUUGGUAUGGGACCAAAGUUGGUGAAUCUUCGCUCUGUUUUGGUAAUAUAAUACUAUGAUAUAUGUUCCUAAGCUUGCUCAUGUCAA